AUGGACUGGAGAGCCAAGGGAGCCGUCACUCCUGUCAAGGAUCAAGGCCAGUGUGGCUGUUGUUGGGCAUCUUCUGCUGUUGCCGCGACAGAGGGCAUUGUAAAACUGAAAACUGGGAAGUUGAUCUCACUGUCGGAGCAAGAGUUGGUUGACUGUGAUGUUCAUGGUGAAGAUCAAGGCUGCGAGGGAGGACUCAUGGAUGAUGCCUUCAAAUUCAUUAUCAAGAACGGAGGCCUUACUAUGGAGUCCAACUACCCAUAUAUUGCAGCUGACGGCAAGUGCAAGGCUGGAUCCAACAGUGCCGCAACCAUCACUGGCUUUGAGGAUGUGCCUGCCAACAACGAGGGCGCCCUUAUGAAGGCGGUGGCAAACCAACCCAUGUCUGUAGCUGUGGAUGGAGGAGACAUGACGUUCCAAUUCUACUCUGGUGGGGUCAUGACUAGCUAG